CAAAUGAAUCAACAAAGAAUUAUUGACAGGCUGAAUACCGCCCAAACAAUGAGGCGACCUUCCUUACCUCUCUCAGAGAAAUCAUCCGAGGUGAGAUUAGAGGAAAUCCCCAAACAAUACACAAAUAACCCCCAAAAACCAAAGCAAAUCAGAAAAAUAAUAAAUAAGCCAUCUCAAGAGCAUCCUUUAUUCAUCAUGGCUCAAAGUGAGAACCCAAUAAUUAUCGAAAAACCCCACAAAAACAAAAUCGAAGACGUAUCUGAUUUUAACGCAGACGACGAAGAAUUUGAACGGAUAGACACCAUCCUCACAAUAAGCUCAGUUUACAAUGAUAAAUAAAUCAUCUGAAAAUAAUAAAGAUGAUGUUGAGCCCUCUAAAAUGAACAAUUACACGCCAGGGCCGUGAAACAACUCUGCUAACUCUCUUAGCAUCCAAAAGUUCACGAAGGCAAGGCCCUAUCAUAUCAAAAAUUAUGAGAAGUUUAUGUCCAAAAGAAAGGUGAAACACAUAAAGAGCAUCCCUAAGAGCGAAGCUAGGCUCAGGUCCCUCUCGAAUAAAAGAUAUCCCAGCAGACUUUAUAGUAUACAAAAUAAGUACAGAAAUAUCAGGUUUGGCCAAAGUUUUGCUACUUCCAGGAAGACCCACUGGCAGACUCAGGAGAAGACAAGAGCAGCUAAUUCUACUGGAAGAAAUGCAGUCCGCUUGCACCCCCAGAUGGAGCAGAAGGUCCUCUACCAGCCAAGAGCGACUAAGAGAGAGUACCGCGCCCAUCGUCAACAACACCAGCAGGUUAAUUUAGGCCAGAAAACUGAUUUAAAGACGACUAGGCAACAGAUGUCGCAAAAGAAAAGUUUGAAGAACUAUCUCAACGCUAUCAGAAAAGCCAAGAUUAAUAUUCACAAAUUUAGUAUCCACAACAAGUCAAAGAUCACCAAAAGUUAUGCUACAAAUAAGAGCAUUGAAGGAGUUCUGAAUGAGAAGAGAGAGGUUCCUUCCCAUAAGAAGGAAAUAAUGAUGCGUCAUCAUAACUCAACUAACGAGGGAAGGGCUCUGAACCGGAAGAGCCGGUCUCCCUAUAGAGCGGAGGCUUUCCGGAUGCAUGUUCUUAAAAAUCGGCGUCCUAAGAUUCCAAAAUCUAACGUUGUAAUGAGCCUUCUGUCUCGUAAUAGGACAUCUGCGACGAUCACAAGGCUAUUGGAGAAGAACUCUAAAUCUUCUGAUAAGUUCAGAAGACUGCAGUAG